AUGUCUUUAACCGUGGCCACUGAUACAAUUUCAUCAUUCCCUGAUCAUUCCAUGAAGGCGAUCAUGGCGUCCUUUUCAUCCACCCCAUCAAGCUUAUCAUCUGAAACUUCUUCUGCUGCUGUUAUUGAUGUUCUUUCUGUCUCCGAGGAUUGCUUUGAGGACGGUUGUAGCAUUUGUCUUGAGCCCUUCAGCUCCCAGGAUCCUCCCACUGUCACGAAUUGUAAGCAUGACUAUCAUUUGCACUGCAUUCUUGAAUGGUCUCAGAGAAGUACUGAAUGCCCAAUAUGUUGUCAGCUUCUUGUCUUAAAGGAUCCCACUAGCCAAGAGCUUUUGGAAGCUGCCAAAAUUGAAAAAAGCAUGAGGUCAAGAAAUAAUAUCCGCAUUGUCCGAGGGGAUGAAACUAGCCAUGUGGCUGCUUACGUAAAUGAUUCUGAUUUGGAGGAGCGAAUUCUUCAGCAUUUUGCUGCUGCCACGGGUAGAACGCACCAUCACAUUCAAAGGAGAAGGCAAAUAUCAUCAAGAAGAGAUUCUUUGGAAGUUUUUCCAUCGGUGUCUUUUGGUGCACAUUUCAAUAACUCAGGUGAUGAAAUGGAGAAUAUAAAUUAUGGAUUGGCAGUUGGCUCGACUACGGCAGGUGCAUCAGCCAGUACACCUGAACCAGAUCUGUCUCCUACGCAUACUUCAGAAACUGAAGAUGGUCAUUUCCACCAAAGGAUUCUUUUUGGCCAUUCAUCGCCUGAUGGUCCUCAGAGAUCGAGUCCCUCUGAGUUCAUUGCCUUUUCAGAGUCUGUCAAAGCUAAAUUUUCUGCUGCUUCUGCAAGAUAUAAAGAGUCACUUUCAAAAAGCACACGUGGCUUUAAGGAAAAGUUAUUAGCUCGCAACUCCACGGUCAAGGAACUGGGUAGAGGAGUUCAACGUGAGAUGAGUGCUGGCAUUGCUGGGGUCGCGCGAAUGAUCGAAAGGCUUGAUCUCUCUUCCAAAAGGACUGGUGGUAGUGUUCCCUUCACUACGUCCUUGGCAGAAAAAGCCAGCUCUGCAGAGAGAGGACCGAAUUUGGGGCAUUGUGUUAUACAUGAGUCUCCGAAUCCCAGUACAGUUCCUGUCAAACCUAUGCAUAGCUCUGAUGUCUCCUCGUUCGACUGA